AUGAUUCAGGACGAACUCCUCUUGGAUCCCUUCUGGCAGUCUACCUACACAGCAUCUCCUCGGCAGUCCGCUAACUCCGCCGACUUGGACACGUUUAGCCUUAUUGAUAUCUCCGACCCGCCAACCGCGAUCUCAGAUAUGAGCCCAAUCCUCCCGUCGCCAACAGAUUUGGAUGCAGCUCUUGACACUGUCAUCUCUUCGGACGCGGAAGCGAGAACAGUUGCAGUCAGGCGAGUGAUAUUUAUGCUGCACCGGCUUUACGCGACAACGAGGGCGCGAAACCUCUCAGCGACGCCCUCGUCCUCAGACGGCACCCUGCCCUCCUCCCUCUACUUCCGCCUCCUGCUGCCCUAUGUAGACUGUUUGACCAAAAAAAUGCCCCUCGCCCUGCUGCAAGAUGCCAGCAUUUGCGGAAAUCGACGCUUUGGUCGAAUCUGUUGCUCCCUUUGGCGCAGUCUUCACACCGUAAUGCCUCAACGGUAA